GAUUUAAUUGAUGUUUUUGAAACAUGUUGAUUGCUCGAGUUAGGAAUAUAAUUUAUUUUACUAUUAUGUAGAAUGCAAUUAUUGAAAGAUGCAGAGAUGUAAUAAUUAGAAUUCAGUGUAGUGUACACAUCGUUCGAAUGACUAAGGAUAAACCCAAACGAAUCUCGAGAAUGGCAAGCAAAUCGUUUCUGUGGGGAGUGCUAGCGGCAUCACUCACCUGGUCCAUAAGCUUGUAUCUGUACUGGAACCUAAAUAGUGGUUCCGUUGGUAUUUCCUCUGAACCAGUUUCAUUAGUUAGCUCUAAUGGUUUUGAUGGUAAGAGCAAUGAUAAACAGUUACCUGUGGUGGGACCUGUUGAACAGGAUCAACCGAAAAAACUGCUGUGGCAAAAUGGACAUCAGAAUCAACUGGAUUUCGGUGAAAAGUCUGGAAAUGAAAAGGGGUUCAGUUUUUUCAAAGAUAAACUGGUGAGAUACAAAAAGGAACAAGAGCAUCGAAAGAUAAGUCAUAAAUUGUUUGAUGAACUGCAACCCAUUUUUCCAAAUGGAACCGAUGAAUUCGGAAUGGUGCGUAACUCGGAAGAACAGUUCAUUCGGGAUGUUGGCUACAGGAAGCAUGCAUUCAAUGUGUUAGUUAGCAAUAAGAUUGGACCAUUUCGGGAAGUUCCAGACACAAGACAUAAGUUAUGUCAAGACUUGAAUUAUGAUAAAGUGCUUCCAUCUGCAUCGAUUAUUAUGUGCUUCUAUAAUGAGCAUAUGCAGACACUGAUCCGAUCUGUUAAUACUGUGCUUCGUAGAACACCGUCUUAUCUGUUACACGAAAUAAUUCUUGUUGAUGAUUGCAGUGACUUGGAUGAUCUAAGAACUGACCUCGAAAUGGAGUUGAAAAAACUCAACACCGCUAAACUAAGACUGAUUCGAAAUGCAAAACGAGAAGGACUGAUGCGAUCGAGAGUUUACGGUUCCCGCAAUGCCACCGGCGAUGUUCUAGUUUUUCUCGACAGUCACAUCGAAGUGAAUGUAGAUUGGAUCGAACCUCUGUUGCAGCGCAUCAAAUUUAACGAGUCGAUAUUGGCCAUGCCAGUAAUUGAUAUCGUUAAUUCGGACACCUUUGCCUAUACGUCAAGUCCACUGGUACGGGGAGGGUUCAAUUGGGGUUUGCAUUUCAAAUGGGAUAAUCUUCCGAAGGAAAUGUUGGCAAAAGAAAGUGAUUUUGUUGGACCGUUCCAAUCACCAACAAUGGCGGGGGGGCUUUUUGCUGUGGAUAGACAAUAUUUCAAGUAUUUGGGAGAAUACGACAUGGGGAUGGACGUGUGGGGCGGUGAGAAUUUGGAGAUAUCUUUUCGAGCAUGGCAGUGUGGUGGAUCGAUUGAGUUGUUACCAUGUUCCAGAAUCGGGCACGUUUUUCGACGUAGACGCCCAUACGGUUCGCCUGACGGAACGGACACCAUGAUAAGGAAUUCUCUGCGACUAGCUCGAGUAUGGAUGGACGAUUAUAUCAAUUACUUUUUAGGCAAUCAACCACAAGCUAAGCUUAUUGAUGCUGGUGAUGUAUCCGAACGUAAAGAACUAAGGACUCGUUUGAAAUGUAAACCUUUUGGAUGGUACCUGAAAAAUAUUUACCCUCAAUUGAGGCUUCCGGGAGAGAAAACCACUGAUAGCAAUGUUUCUCAGCCAAAGUUUCAACCGUGGCAUUCGCGCAAACGAAACUAUGUUAGUAGUUUUCAAAUCCGUCUGACAAAUUCCAGUCUUUGUUUGACCACUGAAAAUAGCAAAGAGAAAAGCUUAUGGAAGAAAGGUUCUAAGCUGGUGUUACAACCUUGCUUAAGAGUUAAAACCCAGAUGUGGUAUGAAACUGAGAAGGCGGAACUGGUUCUCGGACAACUGUUAUGCUUGGAGGCUCCUUCCAGUGCUACUAAAGGCACACCCAUACUGAACAAAUGUCACGAAAUGGGUGGCGAUCAAGCAUGGAAACACCGAAAGACGAAAGCUACUCCGAUCUACAACAUUGCUGCUGGAAGUUGCCUAGCUGUGCGAGAAAUAAACAAAGGUUCUCUAGUAGGAUUAGAUUUAUGUAUGAACACACCACGAAGUACGUGGGAUCUGGUUGUAUCAUGAGAUUUUCAAGCUCGAAUUCUAUCACGCAACAAAACUCGAAUAUUUCUCGAAUUAUUAGAUAUAGUUGUUUUUUUUUUUGCACAAAACUUAUGCAUAAAUUUAUUCGCAAGAAAGAAAACCAAAAACGAA